AUGGGGAAGCUUCCCGCCUAUAGGAGACAGCAGAGCGGCUGCGGCUGCGCAGGGGAAGGUCCCGCCCCCGGAAGUGCUCGGGACGCGCCGGGCUCCGCCGCCGCCGCCGGUUCCCUGCGGCCGCCGCCGGGCCGCCAUGGAGGGGGAGGGUCCGGACGCUCGCGCUCGCUUCCGCGUGGCGCGGUUCAUCAUGGAGGCGGGCGUGAAGCUGGGGCUGGGCUCGGUCGCCGUCGCCACCGCCUGCGGCGCCUUCCACCGGUGCUGCCGGGCCCUGGGCGCCCGCGCCCCCCACGACCCCCACCUCGUGGCCGCCGCCGCCAUCGCCCUCGCAGCCAAGCCGAGGGGACCCCGCUGCGAGCCCGCGACCUCCUCAACGUCACCCACAGGUGCCUGCACCCUGGGGUGCCCCCGUUGGCGCUGGACGCGGAGUUCUGGGCGCUGCGGGACAGCCUCAUGCAGUGUGAGCUGUGGGUGCUGCGGGUGCUGCGGUUCCGCCUGCCCCUGGCGCAGGCGCACAAGUACCUGGCUCAGUUCGCGCUGGCGCUGGGGCAGUGGGCGCGGGGGGGGCGGGGGGGCGCCGGGCGUGGCCUGGGCGCUGCUGCGGGACGGGGCCGCGGGGGGGCUGGGGCUGCAGAGCCCCCCCCAGCACGUGGCGGCCGCCGCGCUGCACCUGCCAUGGAGCUGUGCGGGUGCGGGGCCCCCCCCGGCGCGCCCCCCCACUGGUGGCAG